UUGUAGAAUAGUGGUGCCUGGUGGCUGUUUUGCUGAAGUGCAAGGUUAACGAUCCACUAUUUAGCUUACUUGUUCACCUCGAGAUUCAGCAAUUUACUAAACACAAGUGUGUAAAAUUAAUAUAGCAUAACGCAAAGGAUAUGCUCUCACUGAAUUAAAUCACACGCCUCACAAAGAAACGUUGCUCCGCAGCACAGGGCACUCCAGCAGCCAUGUCAGGAAUUAAAAGGAAAAUAGAAGGCAAUGAUCCGGACUAUGAGGAUAUUUCGUUGGUCCAAAAUAGUAAGAGAAACAAAGCGGCUGAACAUAAUGCCCGAGAAGCAGCAGUACAGAAGAUUGAAACCAUCAUCAGAGAGCAGUUUUCUUUGGAGAUGAAGAACAAAGAACAUGAGAUAGAUGUGAUAAGUCAGCGACUCAAUGAAGCCAGGAGGAUGAUGGACAAGCUAAGGGCAUGCAUAGUGGCCAAUUACUAUGCCAGUGCUGGAGUGACAAGGCUCCCAGAGCAUGCUUCUAAGAGUGACCCUGCCGUGCUGAACCAUCCAGCUAUCCGCCGGUUCCUGGAGUCCCCAUCCCGUUCCUCUUCCCCUCUCAACCAGGGCUCAGAGACUCCUUCUCUGGUCCACUCAGAGUCCGAGACCCUAUCACAGCAAGGAGAGGGAGCUGAGAGGGAUCGAGAGGGAGCAUGGAGAGAGGACAGCAGCAGGCUGGAGCGCAGACCAGGGCGCAAUACAGGCAAAGACACAUUUGGUGUGCCAUUGUCCAUUGGAGCAGAGCAGAGGGUGACCUACCACACUACUGGAAACGAGGCCUCUAGACUCUAUGCAAAGAAGACAAUCGUAGUGGGGAAUGUGUCCAAGUACAUUCCCCCUGAUAAGCGGGAAGAAAAUGACCAGUCUACACAUAAGUGGAUGGUGUACGUCAGGGGCUCCAGGAGGGAACCCAGCAUCGACCACUUUGUAAAGAAAGUGUGGUUCUUCUUGCAUCCCAGCUAUAAACCCAAUGACCUAGUGGAAGUCAGUGAGCCUCCCUUUCAUUUAACACGUCGCGGUUGGGGUGAAUUUCCUGUCAGGAUCCAGAUCCACUUCAAUGACCCUCGCAACAAACGUAUUGACAUCAUCCACCAGCUAAAGCUGGACAGAACAUACACUGGGCUGCAGACACUUGGGGCAGAGACUGUGGUUGAUGUGGAGCUCCAUAGGAACUCUCUUGGGGAGGACUACAUCCCUCAGCCCUCUUCCUCCAAGGUGACUCACAGAGAGGCUAGCCCCACGUUGGCCACCUCCUUGGCCCAAAGUUAUGGACGCUCCAGUUCUCCCAUCUCACAUGAUCCCAGUAUAGACAAAGGUUUCAUCAAAGCAGAGAUGGGGAGGUCUGCAGGUGGCCAUAGCUCCAGCCUCACUGCUGGUGAACGCACCCCAACCCGACCCAAAGUUGGUGACAGGAUCACUCUGGGUUCCCAUGGCAACUCUGCCUUCCAGCCUAUCACAGCGAGCUGUAAGAUUGUCCCACAAGGACAGCCACCCAGCCCUGCUGAGUCUCCCGGGAAAUCGUUCCAACCAAUCACCAUGAGCUGUAAAAUAGUUUCAGGGUCUCCCAUCUCCACCCCGAGCCACUCCCCGCUGCCCCGCACACCCACCACCUCCACCCCUGUCCACAGCAAGCAGAGCUCUUCGUCAGUGCUCAACAACCCUUAUAUCAUUGUUGACAAGCCAGGUCAGGUGAUCGGCAUGGCUUCCUCAUCCGCCGCCUCCACAGGAAGCCCCUCAGCCAAACAGUCUGCUGCUCAAGGAACUCGCUCUCCAGCCCCUAAAGUUCACACUGGCACCUUCCUCUCCUCAGGGGUGAAGGUUAUUAUCAAGCAGGAGCCAGGGGAAGUUUCAACACAGCAGCAGCAGAUGGUUAACACCGUAACCAGCCACCAGCAACCUGCCGCUACAGCAGCACACCAGUUUGUCGCAGUAAAGGGAGGUCACAUGAUCUCCAUGUCGGCCCAGAAGCAGGCAGGAGGGGCCACAGGGGCCACAACUAGCAAGAUGUUAGGAAUUCCUGUUAGCUCAACGCUUCAGUCUGCAGUCAAACAGGUGGCUAUCAGCAGUGGACAGAUUCUGGUUGCCAAGGGCAACCCUUCUGUCUCCAAGGUGAUGGGUGGGAAGCAGGUUUUGGCUCAGGGAGUCGCUAAAGCAAUCGUCAGUGGAACCAGUGGCAUCUCUGGUCAGCAGGCUGCUGCCAAGGCAGCUGGUGGUUCAAGUGGCAAGAGUGGAGUGAUGGCUACUCUUCAGCUGCCAGCCAACAACCUGGCCAAUCUGGCCAAUUUGCCUCCAGGCACCAAGCUCUACCUGACCACCAACAGUAAGAACCCCUCGGGGAAGGGCAAGCUGCUUCUCAUCCCACAGGGAGCUAUCCUCCGAGCCUCCAGUGCAAGUCAGCAGUCCCAGAGCAGCUCGUCGGCAGGCGCUGGGGGCUCUCAGACCUCCUCCUCUUCCAGCAGUCUGCCUUCCAACCUCUCCUACACGUCCUAUAUCCUUAAACAGACCCCACAGGGCACGUUUCUGGUUGGCCAGCCAGCACAGGGUUCAGGAAAGCAGGGAGGUUCCACUUCAGCAGGUCAUACAGCAUCAUCUCCGGCAACUGUUACCCAGCAGGCCAUCCGGGUGACAGCUGGACAGAAGGCGGCCAUCCUGGCUCAGGUGGUUGGCGGCCCCCAGGGUGCACAGGUGAAGUUGUCUGAUGGCUCUGUGAAGACGGUAACAGCGGCAACAGCAGGCCACUUGUCCAAGCCGGGGACGACCACAUUGAGGAUGACAGGCGGAGUCAUCACUGCUGCUAGCUCCACCCCCAGCUCUGCCAGUGCCGCAGCAGCAGCAGCAGCCAGCCAACAGCAGGCUACCGAUGGUGGGAGGUCUGCCUCUCAGCACCACUCGCUCCUGGUGGCAGCCAACCAAGCAGCAGUAAUCAGUGCAGCUAAGAGCGCCAGUGCUGCUGCUGGAGGCAGCCUGUCGAAGACGGCUGUGGCCACCUUGGUCAAGGGUGUUGGCAACUCUGCCGCAAUGACAAAGAGUGCUGUGGGUUCAACUGGAGCUGUAGUAACAGUUGCCAAAGGCAUUACCAACAUGCCUGUCAUCAGCAUGUCCAAGGGUACAGGAGUGGGGACUGUGGUGGGUGUGCCCAAAAGCAGCGGCACGUCAUUGGUCACUGCAGCCUCAUUAGUCAGCGGAGUGGCAGCAGGAGGAGGGAAGACAGGUGCUACUCUCUCAGGUAUGCUGAAGAUCCACUCUGGAGGUUCCAGCUCCCAGCAGACAGUCUUAACCAUCCCUGCCAACCAGCUCAAGCAGCUGGGGGUUGGCACUGGGUCUGGAGGGCUGCAGACCAUAAUCAUGCCUGUUGGAAAAGUAGUGUCUAAAGGCCCAGUCUCCAGUACUCCUUCCUCCUCUUCCACCACCCCUGGAACUGCUGGAGCCUCCCCAAGUCCUGCCAGCCAGGCAUCCCCCUCCCUUGCCCUGCCUCUGGCACAAGUGAAGACAGAGCCAGGUGCUGGCACAGCUGUCACAGCUGGUCCAUCACCCCCGGUGACUGCUCCUGUCCUCACUUCUGUCCAUGUUGCCUCUGCGGCUACCACAGUCAAGCAAGAGCAAGGGGCAGAGAACUCUGCACACGACCUCAUCAACACUGAGCACAUAGAGACCAUGAUGCAGCUGCUGACAGCUGUGGUGAAGAAGUUCCCUCUGAUUGUGCCAGAUAAGACUGAAGACUCCCAUCCAUUCUGUGCCUCUUCAACAGAACAGUAUUAUUCCUGGAAUAUUGGCAAGCGCAGAGCAUCAGAGCUUCAGCGAGCAGUGGCAGUAAAGCGGGUUGUCCAGGAUGUGUUGGACCGCUCGCCCCGUCUGCAGGCCCUCACCCCCCCAAAGACCAGAGAGGUGGUGCAGUGGUGCCGGCAGAGGGGCUACACGCCACCUGACCUCGAGCCCCAGCGUAAGAAUGAUGACGAGUCCAUCGAGGAUAUCCUCACGCAGAUAGAUAACGAGCCUGAGUGCCCGACGACCCUGAGUAGCUGCGAGGAGCUGGUGCUGCGGCUGGAGCAGAUGCAAGCUCUGCUGAAGACUGAACCAGAGGAGGCAGACGACAAAAUAGUCGACAUCAUCACCGUGACUCCGCCUUGCCAGAAACUAAAGGUUAAAGAGGAAGAGCAAGAGGCUGACGAAGAACCUAAGUUCUUCCUGGGCCCCUGCGUGUCCGCCCAGUUUGUCAGUGAAACAGCUCAGCAGAUCGGGGUAACCUUCCAGCCAGUCGAGGUGGAGAAGAAUGUGUUCGCUCCUGUACUCGAAGCCAUGAUUCUGAAGGCUACUGAACAGUUUGCCAGUGACAUCCUGAGAGAAGCUCUGGCUGGGGCCUUCGCCAAAUCCCCUCAGAACAGGGCUCCUAGAGAGAUCACAGCCAUGAACAUCCACCAGGCGGUUGGUAGCAUCCCCACCUGUGACUUCCUCACCAACACACACAUGGGUUAUCUAUCUAAGGACAACUGAGGCAUAACAAGAAUGACAUUGACUGGUAACUGACAUACAGACGUGAGGACUGUCUGACAGCUCUACUGUGUGAAGAAGAUUCACACCUGGAUGUAGUCCUGCUGCCUCACGUUGCACAGUAAUAACUAAUGUACUGUAUUCAUUAACUUGAUCAUAGAAGGGCUCAGCUUGCUUCUCACAGCAGCGGAAUAACAAAUGUUUCUAAUACUCUGGGUAUAUUGUAACAUUUUAGUCCUAAUGUAUGGAAAGAAGCGGCACUGUGGGACUCGUAUUAUUUGAUCUUGAGAGGCGGUUGUGCUCUCGCUUACCUCAUAACAAGAUUUUAAUGAUGAAGUGUUUCCUGCCAGACAGCCAGCUAGUCAUCAGGGAAAUGAAGCCAGUGUGACUUACAGGGCUAAAUAAUAACAUCAGACAGCUGUCCCCCUCUUUCUUUCUUCAUCCUGCUGUCACGUCCCCUGAAUUGGGAACAAGAUUCAGUUUACCAGCAUUGGUGAACCACAGAUUUACAGCAAGUUGGAAACACUACUGAACAUCUGAGUAUUCAAAUUCUCUAUCAUUCACGUCGAUAGUAAUGUCUGGUGGGAACUUUGGGCAAAGCAAACGGAGAGAUUCUUCCAAAAGUGUCAUUGCCGUGGCAACUAAUGAUCGUCAAUACGAACAUCCUUUGAUGUAUUUCAGUGUUACCUGGCAGAGGUAAUUAUGGCUCUUGCAAUACUGCUGUUUUCUAAGGCUCUUCAGGAGAGGUAACUGAUUCAUGUUUCUUAUUUUUAAGUUGAGAUUGUUGAGAAACCACAUGGCUGACAAGUUAGUCAUACUGUCAUUAUGAAUUUAAGACAUCACUCUCACUAUUUAUCUUCUCUCCUUUGCGAACCAGGUUUGAUAGCAAGUUGAAAGUGCUUUUAAGCGUUCUGUUUAACAACCAUAAUGUGUCAAUCAUGUAAUGUAUACAGUGUAUAUGACCAAUAUGAAAUAGAUGGUGUUUUCAGAUCCUGUUUUAUUUUUUUAUCUAAUAACAAUAACUUUGAACAGUAGUGUGUGUGUGUGUGUGUGUGGAUAGUGGAUGUAGUCAUCACAGAAGUUAAUGAAUUUGAUGAGAAGUGAGUGUUCGUGUGUGUUUUGUCGGCUGAUGUAGUGUUGGUAAUUCUGCUUAAUGUGGAGCUUUGCAUUAUGUUAAUGUAUAGAUGAUUGGACGAGUGUUUGGCAUGAGUGGUUGUGAUGCCUGUUCAACCAAAUUAGUGUACAAGAUACCCAAACAUUGUAUUUUCAUCUAUCAGUGCAAACCAAAAAUAUAAUCAAUAUUCUUGUAAUAAACAAAGAAAACUGCUUGAAUUAUUUCUUGCAAACAUGA